CUCACUCUGCUGUUGACUUACAUCGCUAAAUUAGCAGUUGUCUCGAAGUGAUGUGAAGUGUUAAGGGUGCUCUGGUGGGUGAUAAGGUGGUCGAUCUGCGGUGUAUUUGCAACACGUGGUUGUUUGCUAUACCGGGAUAAUGCCGGUGCUCGACAGGAUGGAGGUGGCUUCAUCAUUACUUACAAAUGGACCAGUUGUCGGAAGUGAUAUUUUACAACGCCAUUCUAUUAAUUCUUUGUUGGAUCAACAUGAUAUUUUAUUAGACAUCGCUAAUAAAAACAAACAAAUGUACAAUAAUUUUAUGGAUGACACGAUGUCUAUCAGCGACCUAUUCGGCUUAGAUUCCCCGAGGGGCUUGUUGGAUUUUGCAAAUUCAUCGACAAAUAAUGGACUCUGCACGCCACCAGUCAACGCCUCAAAUUUGCAGUUGAAUUUUGACGAAACUUCAAAGUUCGCACCGAUAAGUACGCCCAGCAAGUACGCCAUGAACCUGUCAUUGGAUAGCUCAUCGCCGACUUCCUCCGGGUAUUAUUCCGGGGCUUCUUUGGCCAGUACUUCACCUGGGAGUGAUUUUUGUGGUAAUAGCAGUCCUGGGGUUAUCGAACGCUCCAUUUUCAAUUCGUCCAAUUCACGAUCUGAUUCGCCGGAUUCGGAUUCGAGUACUGUUUCAAAUGUUGAGGGGAAGCUGUCCGACUUAUUGAACACCUUAACUUUGAAUGACCCUUUGGCCAAAAAUUUGUACAAGAAUACCGAUGUGGAUUUGCAGACCCUUCAAUUGUGCAGUCUUCAAGCUUUGAAGUACUUGCGUCCUUCUAAUGUUUUGGGGUCUCUUUUACCACCUGCUUGCUCUCAUGCUGCUCCGCAUGUGUUGGAUAAGUGGAACCAAACUUCCCCUUUGGCCACCAUACCUGAAACAUUCCAGCUUGACAGAGCCGCUCGUUUUCAUCGUUCGGCAGCUGCUGUGUGUGAUGCCACAUGCACUUGGAGCGGUGUCUUACCUCCACGUACUUCAAAACCUUCUGGUUAUUCCAGCAAAGUAUUUUUGGGUGGAGUUCCAUGGGAUAUUUCCGAACAGUCUCUCAUCCAAGCAUUCAAACAAUUUGGACCGAUUCGUGUCGAAUGGCCAGGCAAGGAGAAGCAAAUCUCUCAGCCAAAAGGAUACGUUUAUAUUAUUUUCGAGUCGGAGAAGAACGUCCGAGCUUUACUACAAGCUUGUACAAGCGACUAUGCCAAUUCUGGUAAUUGGUAUUACAAGAUUAGUUCGAAGCGUAUGAAGGCUAAAGAGGUGCAAGUAAUUCCGUGGAUCCUCAACGAUUCAAACUGUACCAAAUCGACAACUCAAAAGUUGGACCCGAGCAAGACUGUGUUCGUUGGAGCUUUACAUGGAAUGUUGAAUGCUGAAGGUUUGGCGAAAAUAAUGAAUGAUUUGUUUGACGGUGUUGUUUACACCGGAAUAGAUACUGACAAAUACAAGUAUCCGAUCGGAUCCGGACGAGUUACUUUUAACAAUCCUCGGUCGUAUAUGAAAGCUGUCGCUGCGGCUUUUAUUGAGAUUAAGACAUCGAAAUUCAGCAAAAAGGUGCAAGUGGAUCCGUACUUGGAAGACUCCCUGUGUUCGGUGUGUGGCGUCCAGCAAGGGCCUUACUUCUGUCGCGACAUCUUAUGCUUCCGUUACUUUUGCCGCACCUGCUGGCAGUGGCAGCACAAUAACGGAUUACGCCACCACAAGCCGUUGACGAGGAAUUCAAAAAACAGUCCUGGAUUGGGAAUGACCAAUCCAAAUUAAACGACUAUUCACCUUCGAUUUUAUUCUGAUAUAGUUGUGUAAGGAAAUGCCAGUCGUACACGGCGUCUUAAAAUUGCCUUUUCCAUUAUAUAAUCUUAGAUGUAGGAAAUGUUACAUUGUUGUUGUUUUUAGUGUAGGUUCUUUAAAGAUUUGGCUAUUUAAAAAGAAAACAAAAAAAUGAUAAUAUUGGUAGCCCGCGAGAGUUACGUAACUCUGCAAAAUUAUCUGUUACUAGUUUUAUACAGCUUCUUAUUUCUGAUUUCGUUUUAACGCAAAAUGUGAAACUUAACACUAUGAAAGCUAACUCAUUUUAAUGAUGGCAUUUGGAGACAGAUUUUACAGUAUUAUCGAAAAAAAAUCCAAGUAGCUAACACCAGUGUUUUAUAAUAGAUUUGAAUUCUUGUUCAGUGUUUAAACUAAUAGUUUUAAGCGUUUGAUAAAUAAUUUUAAAUCAUAAUUGUGCUAAUUUAACUCUAAAUUUAGGUGGGUAGUUGGGUAAGAUUAUUACAGUGCUAAAACUGUAAAUUGGACUGAUUCGGUAUUAGGAAAUGCGACGUUUUUUGGAUACGAUUUUUGGCUACCGAUAUAUUUCAGUACUUAUCAGUUUUUUAAGCUAUUGUUUCCAUUACAGUUAUUAAAUAUCAUGCAUAACUCA